CAUUAACAUCCAUCACAGUCUUGUCUGCUCUAACUCUGUCCUUACUCAUAUGCCAUUGUACUUCUCAAAUCACAAAAAAAUAAAGGUUUUAGUCUAGACAAGUACAAGAACUAGAAGUGGCUUUUAACCAUGAUUUGUAAGAGAGCACACUUGGGUGGUCUGGUUCGAUGUCUGCGAUUUGGUUCUUUUCAAUCCAAGGUUGGUUGUCUUGUGAACUCUGCGAAGAGUUGGUACACAUCUCAGGCCUCAUCAUCUUCACAGCAAGAGCCAGAAUCACCUGAUUAUAGUGAGGAUGGGUAUGCUGAUGUGGAUUGGGAUAAUCUUGGAUUUGGUCUCGUGCCUACCGAUUACAUGUACAUGAUGAAAUGCAGUAAAGAUGAUGAUAAGUUUGAACAAGGACAAGUUUGUCGGUUCAGGAACAUUGAGCUUAACCCUGCAGCUGGAGUCCUAAAUUAUGGACAGGGAUUGUUUGAAGGCACAAAAACAUAUAGAAAAGAAGAUGGGCGGCUUCUCCUAUUCCGUCCUGAUCGAAAUGCGUUACGGAUGAAAUUAGGUGCUGAAAGAAUGUGCAUGCCUUGCCCUUCUGUUGAUCAAUUCGUCGAUGCUUUGAAACAAACCGCGCUCGCUAACGAGCGUUGGGUUCCUCCGCCGGGAAAAGGGUCCCUCUACAUGAGGCCUCUUCUGAUAGGAACCGGCGCAAUUCUGGGUUUAGCACCGGCACCUGAAUAUACAUUCUUUGUAUAUGGUUCUCCUGUUGGCAAUUACUUCAAGGGAGGCUUGGCACCUUUGAACUUGUAUGUGGAAGAAGAGUUUUCUCGUACCUCUAGCGGUGGCACUGGAGGUGUAAAAGCCAUCUCGAAUUAUGCUCCAGUUUUGAAAGCGCUUGGCAGAGCGAAAAGCAGAGGAUUUUCAGAUGUCUUGUAUCUUGACUCCGCAAAUAAAAAAUAUUUGGAAGAAGCCUCCGCCUGCAACAUUUUCCUUGUAAAGGGUAAUGUUAUUUCUACUCCUGCUACAAAUGGAACUAUUCUAGCCGGAGUCACUCGAAGAAGCAUGAUCGAAAUUGCUCAUGAUCUUGGCUACCAGGUAGAGGAAAGGGACAUUGCAAUAGAUGAAUUGAUCGAUGCUGACGAAGUUUUUUGCACCGGAACUGCUGUCGUUGUGGCUCCUGUAGGCAGCAUCACAUAUCAGGAUAGACGAAUUGAGUUCAGAACAGGUGCUGGGUGUGUAUGUUGGGGACUGUACUCAAAUCUUGUAGGAAUUCAAAGGGGUCUGAUCGAGGAUAAGAGGGGCUGGACCAUAGAAAUUGAUACAUCAAAGCUUAACAGUUGUGUUUUGCUUUAAUCCUUCACAUGUAAAUGUGUUGUGUUGCUUGUUUAGUGUUAUUGCAAAGUAUCAGUUUGGUUGUAAGAAUGUUAUGUUUUGAUUAUAACAAACGUUCCUUCAUUGGUUCAAAAAAAGGAAUAAUGUUAUGUUA